AUGGACCCCGCCAUCCUCCACGAACUCAGUGUCGACAACGACACCAUACCCUUCCGAUACGUUACCAGCCACACGCAUUCAACAUGGGCGCGCACUUUUCAUAGUCACCCCGAGUUAUACAUCCAACCCGAGUCCCUGGCGGAAAUCGAGAAAGCGAUCAACCUUGCGCGACGCUGUAGAAGACGAAUCACUACUGCAGGAUGUGGUCACUCUCCAAAUUCCAUGACGAGUACCUCCUCGUGGCUCGUCAAUUUGGACAACUAUAACAAGAUAUUGGCUAUCGAUAGGGAAAGUUGUGUAGUGCGCAUGCAAAGUGGCAUUCGUCUGUUUCAGGUGGGAGCUGAGUUGGACAAGGUUGGGUUGGCCAUGCCGAAUUUGGGCAGUAUCAAUGAGCAAAGUAUUGCAGGAGCUAUCAGCACCGGUACCCACGGCAGCACAUUACGCCAUGGAAUUCUCUCUAGCAGUGUCAUCAGUUUGAAGAUUACUCUUGCGAAUGGGAAAACCGAGAUUUGUUCCAAGGGCCAGAAUGAAGAGCUGUUCCGUGCUGCUCUGGUUAGUUUGGGAGCCUUGGGUAUUGUGAGUGAAAUCACUUUUCAGGCUGUACCAACUUUCGCUUUGGCAUGGAAACUAGUCAUAAAUACGGAUAGUUCCAUGCUCGAGGCAUGGAAGAAACAACUCUGGAAACAGAGCGAGUUUGUACGAGUCUGGUGGUUCCCAUAUACAAGAAGAGCUGUGGUCUGGACCGCAGAUAAAACAGAGGAAGAGGCUCGUCCACCACCAAAGAGUUACUAUGAUGCAUGGCUAGGCUACCAUGUCUACCAUAAUCUCCUUUACGUCUCACAAUACUUUCCUAAAAUGCUACCGUGGAUCGAGUGGUUCGUUUUCGGUAUGCAAUACGGAUUUGCCAAUGGAUCAACCACAUCCGCAAUCCAACCCUCCCGAAAAGCCCUCCUCAUGAACUGUCUCUACAGUCAAACCGUCAACGAAUGGGCAAUUCCUCUCCACAAAGGACCUGAAGCUAUUCGUCGUCUCAGCUCCUGGCUUAAUCACCUUACCCCCCAAGACCCAGAUUACGUUCCUCACAAUAUCCCCUUCAGCGCAGAAGGUCUCUACAUCCACGCACCCCUAGAAGUCCGCGCGACAGAUACCUCCAACUCUCUCACCCCUCGUCCUCACCUCGAUCCUACCUGUACCGAUGAACCUACUCUCUACAUUAACGCUACCCUUUACCGUCCGUAUAACCAGGACCCCGCAUGCAGAUUUCGAUACUACCAAGCCUUCGAAUAUCUCAUGAAAGAACUCGGUGGCCGUCCGCAUUGGGCGAAGAACUUCGAGGUGGGGGCUAAAGAGAUUGAGGGGAUGUAUGGGAAGAGAUUGGCGGAGUGGAGAGGGAUUCGAAAUGCGGUUGAUCCUGAGGGUAUGUUUGUGGGUGAGUGGCAUCGACGUACUAUUUUGGGUGAUGGGCCACGGUUGGCGCUUGAGGAGGUGGAGGUUAGGAGGGAAAGGUAUCCUGGGGGUGGACUGUUUGUUGCGGGUGUUGUGGCGUGGGAGAUGGAGGCGGGCAUGGGGAGUGGCAGUGUUAGUGGCAGUACCGAGAGCUAUGAUGAGUUGAGAGCUAGUGAGAUUACUGUUAGAGACUCUUAG